UCCCAGAAACUUCUCUCUCUCUCUCUCUCUCUCUCUCUCUGUGUUUUGGUGACUAGUAUUUAAUUAGAUUCCAUCGCAACAAAAGCAUCAGAGGAAGCACUCAGAGAAGAGAAAUUGCUAGCAACAAUGGCAGACGUAGUGAGCUCGAGCCUCCUGAGGUUGGUGUUUGACAAGCUGGGAGCCCAGGUCACGAAGGAGUUCGGGCUAGUGAUGGGCGUCGAGAAAGAGCUGAACGAGCUGGAGACGACCCUCGCCGCGAUCCGCGACGUGCUCGCGGACGCGGAGGCGCGGCAGGCGCAGGAGCGAGCUCUCGCCGGGUGGCUGAGGAGGCUCAAGGACGCCGCAUUCGACGCCGACGACGUGCUCGACGAGGUCGCCGCCGCCGAAGCACUCAGAAGGACGUCCCGCCGGAACGGAAGCGGCACAAAGGCGGUGCUCGGUAAGCUGUCUUCCCUCCCCAACUCUAUCAUGUUUCAGUCUAGAAUAGCCAGGAAGGUUAAAAAAAUUAGGGAGAGAUUAGAUGAGAUUGCGGACGAGAGAUCGAAGUUUCAUUUGCGCGAGGGAGUGGUACAUGAUUGUAAGAUAGAGAAUUCAGCAAGAGCGGAAACCGGGUCUUUUGUAGUCGAAUCGGAGGUUUACGGUAGAGAGGAGGAUAAAGAAAUGAUAGUUGAGUUUCUGCUGGCCAUGUCAAGUGAGGUUGAUCCUGGGGUUAUUGGGAUUGUUGGGUUGGGAGGGCUCGGUAAGACGACUCUCGCGCAGUUAGUCUAUAGUGAUCGAAGGGUGUGCGGCCAUUUCGAGAAGAUGAUAUGGGUUUGUGUCUCUGAUGAUUUUGACUCUAGACGGCUUAUUAGAUCGAUCGUGGAAUCUGUAACCGGAGCAAAGUUUGAUCUCGCGAGCAUGGAGUCGAUGCAGCGUUCGCUUAUGGAAAGGCUGGAAGGAAAGAGAUUCUUGCUUGUGCUCGAUGAUGUUUGGAAUGAGAAUUCUGAGAAGUGGGAUAGAUUGAGGACUUUGCUGACCGUCGGCGGCAGGGGAAGUAAGGUCGUAGUGACCACUCGGAGCGUAAGAGUUGCCUCUUUGAUGGGCACGGUUGAGCCUCACAUUUUGCGCAGUCUAUCGGAGGAUGAUUGCUGGUUGUUGUUUGAGCGGAGAGCAUUCGGGUUGGAUGCCGGAGAGAAGACAGAAAACUUGGUAACCAUCGCAAAAGGGAUUGUGAAGAAAGCCGGCGGUGUUCCCUUGGCAGCAAAGGCUUUAGGUAGUUUAAUGCGAUUCAAGCGAAGGGAAAGCGAGUGGUUGGCAAUUAGGGACAAUGAUAUCUGGAACUUACCAGAUGAAGAGAAUGAAAUUUUACCCGCCCUAAGGUUGAGUUACAAUCAUUUGCCAUCACACUUGAAGCAAUGCUUUGCAUAUUGCUCCAUAUUUGCGAAGGAUACUCCGAUAUAUAUAAACAAAUUAGUCCAACUUUGGAUUGCAGAAGGCUUCGUUCGGUCAUUAGAUAGGCGAGCAGAAUUGACUGAUAUUGGUUUGCGCUAUGUGGAUGAGUUAUUAUCAAGAUCUCUCUUUGAGAGUCAUGAGAGAGGCUCAGAUGGUGUAGUAUUUAGUAUAAAAAUGCAUGACCUAGUUCACGAUCUUGCACAGUCCGUUGCAGGGGAAGAAUGCUCAAUUGUUGACCCUAGUGGUACCAAAAGAGACAUUGCUUCAACCACACGUUAUUCAUCAUUUCUCUGCGAAAACGAGCCAAUAUCGUCGGUUCUAGAAGUUUUGAAUAAGGCAAAUAAAUUGCGAACCUUAUAUUUAGUUGCACCGGAUUCCAGGAAAGUAGACCUAACUAAGUGUCCUAAAAAAAAGGAGGACGACUACAAUAAGAUUCUCGAGAUUCUUCAAAUUAUAUUCUCUAACAUGAAGCUUCUAAGAUCACUUCAUCUUGCCCACUACCCCAUGAAAGAACUUCCAGUUUCGGUUAAAAAUCUUCGGCAUCUAAGGUAUCUUAAUCUGUCAUUUACAAGCCUUAAAAACCUACCACCAUCAAUUGGCCUCCUUCAGAAUCUGCAGAUCUUGAACCUAGCAAGAUGUCAAAGUCUACAAGCAUUGCCAGAAUCCGUUGGUGACCUCUUCAAUCUCUAUAUAUUGGACCUUAGUGGCUGUUCGAGCCUCCUUUCUUUACCAUCCUCAAUCGGCCGUCUCAGGUGUUUGCAAAACUUAGACCUCUCCAUUUCUGGCAUCCAAAAGUUGCCCGAAUCCGUUAGCUGCCUCUCAGAUCUUCGAUCAUUGGGACUUAGACACUGUUACUUUGUACGCGAGCUUCCGGAAAACAUGGAAAACAUGGCAAGCCUUGUACAUCUAGACAUAUAUGCUUGCUAUGAACUGACAUGUAUGCCUUCAGGGAUAGGACAAUUGAGUUGCCUUCGAACACUACCGAUCUUUGUGGCUGGCGGAAGGAGCAAGUGCAGCCUUGGAGAGCUCAACCGACUCAAUCUUGAAGGCCGAUUAGAUAUAAGAAAGCUGGAAAAUGUGAAAAAUGCAGAAGAGGCUAAGGAGGCUAACUUGAUCGGAAAGCUGAAUCUUCAAUCACUGCAUUUGUCAUGGGAUCUGAAUGCUUACAAAAAGACAAUAGUUGAAUGUGCAAGUAACAACGAUGAUGAAGAAGGCAUGCACAAAAUCAUGGAAGCAUUUCUGACACACUUCAAACCAUUUCUGGCACAGGAGUGGGAUGCGGACUGUGAGUUGGCUGAGAAAAUUCUUCAGGGUCUCCAACCGCAUCAAAAUUUGACUGUAUUAGAGAUUGAAGGCUACUUGGGAAAAACUUUUCCAAGAUGGUUGUCGGAGUUGACACUUCCUAAUCUUGUAGAGCUUACGCUAAACACUUGUGUCAGAUGUGAGACUCUCCCUGAGUUCAACCAGCUGCAUCACCUUAAGAUCCUUGUAUUAAACAAUCUUCUUGCUAUCAACCGCCUUCCGGCCCUUGGGCAGUUGCCUUCUCUGAAGGUCCUGAAAUUAUCUGUUCUUCCUGGGGUCAAGUGCUUGGGCUCAGACUUUUAUGGUGGGGAUGGUGCGUUCUUUACUUUGGAGGAAUUGGAACUAUCAUGUAUGCCUGAGUUGGAGGAGUGGUUUGGAGUUGCGGGGCCGGAAUUCUUUCCUCAUCUCUCGAACCUGACGAUAAUGUUAUGCCCAAAACUGAGAGCAUUGCCGUCAGAUUUCCCAUUAGUUAAAGAGCUUUCAAUGUGUUGCGACGACAAGUUACUUCUUUCUGCCUUUGAGAGCGGAGCAUUUCUGAAUCUUGAGAAACUAGAUAUACAGAACUGCACGAGUCUCUUAAAGUCAUCUCUACCUCAAGUGCUUAUCGAGCGUUUCAGAUCUAAUCCUGGAUUAUUACAUAGCAUGUCAGCUUCAGGUCAGUGUUACAAUGGUGACAGUCUCGUCGAUCUCGUUGCUGAGUCUCUGAACGAUGUGCAGAAUCGAUCUGAACUUGACGGGGAAAUCCAGUAUCAUUUUGUCCAGUAAGUUUGCAAUAACAAAGCAGCAAAAAGAUAGAAGAUGAGCUGAUGCUUUUUGCAGAUCUUAAUCCCUCUUUCUUUUCGGAAUUCUUUUCGUGACUAUUUUUUCUUUUCUUUCACUUUAGGGCUGUUGAAGUACUAGAAUGAACCUAGCUUGCUAUCUUCAAUACUUCAAUGCAAUUUAAGGAUUGUGGCGCAUGGACGCUUUUAUUUAAUGUUAGAUCAAAAAAAGCUUGUUUGUAGUUUAAUUCCUUAGGACAGUGAGUUGUCUGUUUGGCAGAGGAGGUAUUUUGAUUCUAUGGAGAGUGUAAAUUCCAUGUAAAUAAAAGAUAAUGUAAUUACAUGUUUUACAAAUUGAUUUGACUUUUACAUAUGUCAA